AUGGGUGGCUGCAUUCCUUUUCUGAAGGCAGCAAGGACACUGUGCCCCAGAAUCAUGCCCCCUUUGCUGUUGUUGUCCGCCUUCCUUUUUUUAGUGAACGUCCUGGGAGGAGCCCCAGGAAACAAUCCGGACCGCAGGACGAAAAUGAUAUCAAUACACAGUCUGUCGGAGCUGGAGCGUCUGAAGCUGCAAGAGACUGCUUACCACGAACUCGUGGCCAGACAUUUCCUCUCUGAAUUCAAACCUGACCGAGCUCUACCUAUUGACCGUCCAAACACCUUGGAGAAGUGGUUUCUGAUUCUGAGAGGACAGCAGAGGGUCGUAUCACUCAAGACGUUUGGCAUUCGCCUGGAAGAGGUCCUGGUGAAUGAGCUUACCCGCCGCAAGCAUCUUGAACUAACAGCCGCGAUGCAGAUUGAAGAAUCCACUGGUCAGGCCUCGGGACGUCGUCGGGGAAACGUGGUGCAAAGGAUGUUUGGCCGCAUCAGGCGCUUUUUCAGUCGCAGACGGGAUGAGCCCACCUUGCCCCGGGAGUUUACUCGCCGUGGGCGUCGAGGGGCAGUGUCCGUGGACAGCCUGGCUGAACUGGAGGAUGGGGCCCUGCUGCUGCAGACCCUGCAACUUUCCAAGAUUUCCUUUCCGAUUGGCCAGCGACUUCUGGGAUCCAAAAGGAAAAUGAGCCUCAAUCCGAUUGCUAAACAAAUCCCCCAGGUUGUUGAGGCUUGCUGCAGCUUCAUUGAGAAACAUGGCUUAAGCACAGUGGGAAUUUUUACCCUGGAAUACUCAGCAGAGAGAGUGCGUCAGCUCCGUGAAGAAUUUGAUCAAGGUCUGGAUGUAGUGCUGGAUGACAAUCAGAAUGUGCAUGAUGUGGCUGCACUCCUCAAGGAGUUUUUUCGGGACAUGAAGGACUCUCUGCUGCCAGACGAUCUGUACAUGUCCUUCCUCCUGACAGCAACUCUAAAGCCACAGGAUCAGCUUUCUGCCCUGCAGUUGCUGGUUUAUCUGAUGCCACCCUGCCACAGUGAUACCUUGGAGCGUCUGCUGAAGGCCCUGCAUAAGAUCACUGAGAACUGCGAGGACUCCAUUGGCAUUGACGGACAGUUGGUUUCAGGCAACCGUAUGACUUCCACCAACUUGGCUCUGGUGUUUGGAUCUGCUCUCCUGAAGAAGGGGAGAUUUGCCAAGAGGGAGUCCAGGAAAACAAGACUGGGGAUUGACCACUAUGUUGCUUCUGUCAAUGUGGUCCGUGCCAUGAUUGAUAACUGGGAUAUCCUCUUCCAGGUGCCUCCCCAUAUUCAGAAGCAGGUUGCUAAGCGUGUGUGGAAGUCCAGUCCUGAAGCCCUGGAUUUUAUCAGACGCAGGAAUUUGAGGAAGAUACAGAGUGCACGAAUAAAGAUGGAAGAGGAUGCUUUACUUUCUGAUCCAGUGGAAACUUCUGCUGAAGCCCGGGCUGCUGUCCUUGCUCAGAGCAAGCCCUUUGAUGAAGGUUCCUCUGAGGAGCCAGCUGUGCCUCCCGGCACUGCCCGUUCCCAUGACGAUGAGGAAGGAGCGGGUAACCCCCCCAUUCCGGAGCAAGACCGCCCAUUGCUCCGUGUGCCCCGGGAGAAGGAGGCCAAAACUGGCAUCGGCUACUUCUUUCCUUAG